AGCCAGGAUCGUUGGCUCCUUUCAGCAUCUCCUGGCCACCAUGAGAAGGUCCUGGCUGGGUUUCCAGCUGGUUCUUCUCAGCUGCGCUUUGUUGUUGGCCGUGGUUGCGGUGGAAGGGAGACACGGCAAGGAAGAGGAGGGUUCCUUGGAAGAGGAGUGUCGCUGCGUGGAGGAAGGUUGCAAGAAGAGGUGCCACCACGAGGAAGAGGAGUGUUGUUGCGAGAAGAGGUGCCACCACGAGGAAGAGGAGUGUUGUUGCGAGAAGAAGCAUCACCACAAAGAUGAAGAAUGUUGCAAAAAGAAGCAUUCCCACGGAGAGGAAGAGGCUGGCAAAAAGAAGCCUUCCCGUGUAGCAGUAGAAGAAGAAGCGGCUGACAAAAAAAAGGCUCCCCAUAAGGAGAAAAGGCGUUUUAGAAUGAGGAUCCCCUUUUUGGAAGAGUCGGAAGACUCAACUGGGGACUCGAGUGAAAUUUACAAGGACUUCGCCAAGGAACAGCAAGAGAUGAUAAUGAAACAAGCAGCUCAAACCUCCGAUGCUGUGCCUCGCCACAGGAAGGAGCAAGCCAUCGCCCACUUCAAUCAACGAAGCGAGGGAACCUACUACAAACGUCUGGAGGAUGGACAGCUGGAGUACAAGAAAGCCAUCGGCGUCAUGAUCUACGUCAAGAUGCUUUUGGCCGAGACGAACUGCACCAAAACCGAAGAGCAAAAAGAGGCUGGCGUGGAAUAUUCCAGAGCCUACCUGGAGAAGGAGGGUUGCCAGCUUCUACCGCAAUUUAAACAGGAGAAACACAACUGCACCUUCGGAAUCUUCCUCGACAUGAGAACCGAAAAGAAAGUUGUCACCAGCCGGGACUGCACAAUAAUCCCCGGGAUUAAACAGUUACCCAAACCUUUGAAAGGUCUCAGCAACUGAUGCUCAGCUCUGGGAGGAAAGCCCCCUCCCCGCCUUCCCUAACAACCACAUAAUCACUUAGACGCAACUACUCACCCUCCCCACUCGCCCACCCUAAGAGGAACCCAUCGCGCACACCCAUCUCAUUCCCCAAAUCCCCAUAACUCUCUGCCUUUGCCUUCGUUCUGAAAUAGGAGAAUAAAAUUACCCUAAAUUGCACAGA